AUCUGCCUACCUCAGCCUCCCAAAGUGCUGGGGUGACAAGCGUGAGCCACCGUGCCUGGCUCGAGCCCUGAGGUUUGUUCACCUGAGCUCCCAGCGUGGACAGGAAGAAUUGGGGCUCACCAGACCUCCGCAGAGCAGGUUCAGAUCCUGCCCUGCUCAGCCUGGGUUCAGGGUGUGCCUGAGAUGCUCAGGGAGCCCAGGAGCGCAAAGCUUACCUUGCAGGGAUGGCUCCAGUGGGGGCGGUGGUGGCAGAGAGGCAGAGCCCUGGGAGGGUAUGUAGCUUGGCUUUGGUGCAGGAUGGAGAGGGCCCAACUCUGGGUGCCCCCUGGGAGCUAAGGGUGGUUCUGUGUCCUCUGUCCUGGCUGGGGAUAGGGGAGGUGGGCAGGGGAGGACACUGAUGUGGUUGGCCACUCCUUUUGGGGGUCAUGAAGGCCUAGUUAGUGAUGACUCAGCCCUGGGCCACAGCAGGCUGGGGGUGGCCGCAGCUGCGGUGCAGCUGAUCCUAGUAGUGAUGACAGGGGACGGCCCCCAGAGACGGGUGGCCAGCGGUGCCAGGCCCUAGAGGUGGUGGCAGACCCUGAGCCCUCUGCCCCCUGCCCCUAGCCCAGUCUCCACCUCCGUCUGGAGGGCCUUGGGGGCUGACAGCAGGUGAGGGGUGACAGAUCUGUGGGAGGCGGCUGUGUGGUUAGGGCGCGGUGCCUGUGGGGGCUUCCGGGCUCCUGUGGCUCUUGUUCCUCUGGAACCUCAGCAGGACUGUCCUGUGUUCUGGGGCCGGGACUCCUCCCUGUCCCCCCAGCCCUGGGUCCUGGGGCAGGGCAGGGCCUUCCAGCAGCUUCCUUCCUUCCUUUCUUGGGACGGAAACCUAGCUGGGUGGGGGGCGCCGGGCUGGAGCCUUCGCAGGGGAGUGGGCUCAGUCAUCACCCUGCUCCCCAGAGUGACUCAGCCCCCGCGUCUCCACCCAUCCCCAGGGAGCCGGGGCCGCAGAGGGAGGUAGAUAAGUGGGGUGGCAGCUUGGGUCAGCCAGAGAGUUCAGGCCACCCCGGCCGGACGCCUGCCACUCACUGCCGCUGUACCGCUGCCAUGGCGCGCUCCGGGAGUGCCACGCCACCUGCCCGGGCUCCAGGAGCCCCUCCACGGAGCCCACCCCAGGGGCUGGUACAGGAUGUCAGUGGGCCCCUGAGGGAGCUGCGCCCUCGGCUCUGCCACCUGCGAAAGGGACCUCAGGGCUAUGGGUUCAACCUGCAUAGUGACAAGUCCCGGCCCGGCCAGUACAUCCGCUCGGUGGACCUGGGCUCACCUGCCGCCCGCUCUGGCCUCCGCGCCCAGGACCGGCUUAUUGAGGUGAACGGGCAGAAUGUGGAGGGGCUGCGCCACGCUGAGGUGGUGGCCAGCAUCAAGGCACGGGAGGAUGAGGCCCGGCUGCUGGUGGUGGACCCCGAGACAGAUGAGCACUUCAAGCGGCUUCGGGUCACACCCACCGAGGAGCAUGUGGAAGGUCCUCUGCCAUCACCCGUGACCAACGGAACCAGCCCUGUCCAGCUCAAUGGUGGCUCUGCGUGCUCGUCCCGAAGUGACCUUCCUGGUUCUGACAAGGACACUGAGGAUGGCAGUGCCUGGAAGCGAGACCCCUUCCAGGAGAGCGGCCUCCACCUGAGCCCCACAGCAGCCGAGGCCAAGGAGAAGGCUCGAGCCACGCGAGUCAACAAGCGCGCGCCGCAGAUGGACUGGAACAGGAAGCGCGAAAUCUUCAGCAACUUCUGAGCCCCUUCCUGCCUGUCUCGGGGCCCUGGGACCCCUCCUGCACGGACCUUGGGCCUCAGCCUGCCCCGAGCUCCCCAAGCCUCAGUGGACUGGAGGGUGGUCCUGCCACUGCCCAGAAAUCAGCCCCAGCCCCCGUGAGCCCCCGUCCUGCCCCUGCCUGCCAGGUACUGGGGGCCUGUGGCAGCAAGAUGUGGGGAGAGAGACCCAGAGAUGUGAGAGAGAGGCAGAGACAGAGACACAGAGAGCAAGCGAGCGAGAGAGCGAGCGGCGGCAGCACGGGGUGAGGGCCUUUGCUGCUCUGCCGGGGCCUGCUGACUGAAAGGAAUUUGUGUUUUUGCUUUUUUCCAAAAAGAUCUCCAGCUCCACACAUGUUUCCACUUAAUACCAGAGCCCCCCCACCCCGCCCCCCGACUUCCCCUCCCCCUUGGGACGCGCUCUAAAUAAUUGCAAUAAAACAAACCUUUCUCUGCAAACCAUUUCCUCCCCGCCCCCUCCCCUCAGCAGCAGCCGUCCCGAGUGGGAGUCCCUGGGACUUCCCAGUGGCCGAGCUGGGGCCCCCAGCCUGUUUGUGGGGACCUCGGGUAAGGCCAGGGAGGCCUGAUGUGGCUGUAGGAGCUGCCCCUCCCCAACCCGCCCUGGUGUGGGGGGUCCCUAGGCCAGGCCCUGCUCCCCACCCAGCUACCCUGUGCGCCUGUGCCCUGCUGGGGGUCUGAAGUGUAGGGCCUGGGUUCUCCGAGGGGCCCGAGGAUGGAGGCCCCACGUCCCCGAGGAGGGUGGCCUCUGGACAGGCCCCUCAUUCCGCACGGCAGCUCCCAGGCCUGGGGAACAUAGGUGUGUGAGAGCAGCACCCACGAAGGACUCCUGGCCUCUGGCUCAGCCCUGCCUGGCAGGCUCCCCCGUGGACACCCUGUUGACUUUGCUCUUCCCUCCCGGGCCCCACACCCCUGAGCCGACCACUGAUCGACCGGCACCGCUGUUGCCUCGUUAAGCCAUAGCGCAUGCGCGCGCUCAGAAUAAACAGGCCCUGCCUGGGA